GGGGAGGAUUUGCUGCAGAUGACAUCAGCCGUGGAUGCUGGAAAAGCGGCGGCGGGGAUGCGCCGGCUCCCCCCCUUCCUCCUCCUCCUCCUCCUUCUCCUCCUCCUCCUCCUCCUCGUCGCCAGGUCCCAGCCCUGCACCGUCUCCGUAUAAAAGCGCCGCAGCCUCCCCGCCCGCCCUCACUCCCUGCCGCCUGCGGAGCCGCCGCCGAGCGGCCCUUCUCCCCUCAUCGCCCCGGAGCCGCGGGGCGGAGCGGGGGACCGCGAUGGCCACCGUGGUGGUGGAAGUGGACUCGGAGCCCUCCUGCAGCAUCCCCAACCCCACCUCCCCCUCGCCCAGCCUCUCGCACCGCUUCCUGGACAGCAAGUUUUACCUGCUGGUGGUCAUCGGCGAGCUGGUGACCGAGGAGCACCUGCGGCGGGCCAUCGCCAACAUCGAGCGAGGAAUCCGAUCAUGGGACACAAACUUGAUUGAAUGCAACUUGGAUCAAGAACUGAAACUUUUUGUAUCUCGCCAUUCAGCUCGAUUCUCUCCUGAUGUUCGAGGUCAGAAAAUUCUUCACCACAGAAGUGAUAUCCUAGAAACAGUAGUCCUGAUCAAUCCCUCGGAUGAAGCAGUUAGUACCGAGGUGCGUUUAAUGAUCACAGAUGCUGCAAGACACAAGCUCCUUGUACUAACUGGACAGUGCUUUGAAAACACAGGAGAACUCAUUCUUCAGUCAGGGUCCUUCUCCUUCCAGAACUUCAUUGAGAUCUUCACUGAUCAAGAGAUUGGUGAAUUAUUGAGCACCACACACCCUGCCAACAAAGCCAGCUUAACUCUUUUCUGCCCUGAGGAAGGGGACUGGAAAAAUUCUAAUCUUGACCGACACAACCUUCAAGACUUCAUUAACAUUAAACUCAACUCAUCUUCCAUAUUGCCUGAAAUGGAAGGACUUUCUGAAUUUACAGAGUAUCUGUCAGAAUCGGUAGAAGUGCCAUCACCCUUUGACAUUUUGGAACCUCCAACCUCAGGAGGCUUCUUGAAACUCUCCAAACCCUGCUGUUAUAUUUUCCCGGGUGGACGAGGAGACUCUGCAUUGUUUGCAGUGAAUGGAUUCAACAUGCUUAUCAAUGGAGGAUCUGAAAGAAAAUCUUGCUUUUGGAAGCUUAUCCGGCAUUUGGACAGGGUAGAUUCUAUUCUGCUCACUCACAUCGGAGAUGAUAACCUGCCAGGAAUCAAUAGCAUGCUUCAGCGAAAAAUAGCUGAAUUAGAAGAGGAACAGUCUCAAGGGUCUACUACCAACAGUGACUGGAUGAAAAAUCUGAUCUCACCGGAUUUAGGAGUUGUAUUCCUUAAUGUACCUGAGAACCUGAAGAAUCUGGAUCCUAACAUCAGAGUUAAAAGGAGUGUUGAAGAAGCUUGCUUUACUCUUCAGUAUUUAAAUAAAUUGUCUAUGAAACCAGAACCUCUUUUCAGAAACGUGGGAAAUACCAUUGAUCCCAUUAUUUUAUUUCAGAAAAUGGGAGUUGGUAAACUUGAGAUGUAUGUGCUUAAUCCUGUCAAAAGCAGCAAAGAGAUGCAAUAUUUUAUGCAACAGUGGAGUGGUACUAACAGAGAUAAAGCUGAAUUUCUGCUACCAAAUGGCCAAGAACUAGACAUUCCAUUAUCCUAUUUCACUUCUGUUUCAUCCCUGAUUGUUUGGCAUCCAGCUAAUCCUUCAGAAAAAAUAAUUCGAGUUCUGUUUCCUGGAAACAGCACCCAAUAUAAUAUUCUAGAAGGACUAGAAAAACUCAAACACUUGGACUUCCUUAAACAACCAAUGGUUACACAAAAAGACCUAACCGGAAACAUUGCUAGUCCAGCUGUGAAACAAGCAAAGUUGAAACAGCGAACUGACAGCAAAGAAAGUCUCAAGCCUGCUGCAAAGACACCACCAAGCAAGACUGUCAGAAAAGAAUCUAAAGAAGAAACUCCAGAGCCUGCAAAGCCUAGUCCAGCACCAGAAAAGCCUCAGAAAUUAGAAAGCAAAGAAAAAGUUCCAGUUAAAAAAGAGAAACCAGCAAAACCAGAAACCAAACCUAUAGUGGCAGAAAAAGAUAUAACAAGUAAGGAAGAACAAUUACUGAAAUCUGAAACUCCUGAAAAACAAGCUACAGAUGUCAAACCAAAAGUGACAAAGGAGAAGCCAGUGAAAAAGGAAGUCAAAGCAAAACCUGAAGAAAAGAAAGAGGAAAAAGAAAAAACAAAGAAAGAGGUUUCUAAAAAAGAGGAGAAAACUCCCAUCAAAAAAGAGGAAAAACCCAAAAAAGAAGAGAUCAAGAAAGAAGUUAAAAAAGAGGUGAAAAAGGAAGAGAAGAAGGAAAUUAAGAAGGAAGUGAAGAAAGAAGCUCCACCAAAGGAAGUGAAGAAAGAAGCUAAAAAAGAAGAGAAAAAAGAAGUUAAGAAGGAAGAAAAAGAAGCCAAAAAGGACAUCAAAAAGGUUCCUAAAGAAACAAAGAAGACACCCACUCCUUCAGCUGAAACCAAAAAGCCAGCAGUAAAACCUAAACCACAAAAGAAGGAGGAACCUGCUAAAAAAGAAGCAGUACCUGCUGGAAAACCAAAGGAAAAGGGAAAAAUUAAGACUGUGAAGAAGGAGAUCAAAGUCAGUGGAGAACAAGCUGCCCUUGCAGCCGUUGGAGCUGCUGCUACAACUGUAGCUGCUGUAGCAGCUGCAGAAAUUACAGCUAGUGGAAAAGAACUUGAGGCAGAGAGGUCCCUUAUGUCUUCACCAGAGGAUUUAACAAAGGAUUUUGAAGAAUUAAAAGCUGAAGAAGUGGAAACAAUAAAAGCAACAAAACCUCAGGUUGCACUCAUAGAGGAUGAACUGAAGCUCUCUGGCAAAGAACAAAAAGAGGCCUUUGAUAUCCAAAAGGAAAAAUUAGACAAUGAAGGACCUGCUGAGUCCUCUGAUGAAGGCAUAACUACCACAGAGGCUGAGGGUGAGUGUGAACAGACACCUGAAGAAUUGGAACCUGUGGAAAAGCACAGGGUUGAUGACAAUGAAAAGUAUGAAGAUGAGGGAACUGGCUUGGAAGAAUCAUCUGAAGCAGGAGAUUAUGAGGAGAAGGCAGAGACAGAAGAAGCUGAAGAACGAGGUGAAGAUGAGGAAGAAAAGACACCACUUGACACCACAAAACCAUACAUGGAAGAAGCAAGAAAAGUGGGUAAGAGUGCAGAAGAAAUAAUGGCCAAAACAGAUGCUAAUAUCAAAGAUGAAAAAUAUAUUGAAAAGGCAGAUUAUGAGGCAUCAGAUGAACGGGCUGAGGAGGACAGGGAAGAAGCAGUAGAAAAAGCAGAAACUGAAGAGACUGAAGAAGAGGAAGAAGACAAAGCAGAAGACAUCAGAGAUGAAGAGGAGACUGAAAAAAUAGAAGCUGAAGAAGAUUAUGUGAUGGCUGUGGUAGACAAAGCUGCAGAAGCUGGUGAAGUUGAAGAUAAAUAUGGCCUACUCAUCAUUACACCAACAAAACACUCAGAGCCUCAGUCUCCAGCAGUUGAACCAGCCUCUUCAAUCCAUGAUGAGACAUUACCUGGUGGUUCAGAAAGUGAAGCCACUGUUUCUGAUGAAGAAAAUAGAGAAGAUCAGCCUGAGGAAUUCACUGCUACUUCGGGUUAUACACAGUCUACCAUUGAAAUAUCUAGCGAACCAACUCCAAUGGAUGAAAUGUCUACGCCCCGGGAUGUCAUGAGUGAUGAAACUAACAAUGAGGAAAGUGAGUCACCUUCUCAGGAGUAUGUGAAUAUUACCAAGUAUGAGACAUCACUGUACUCUCAAGAGUUUGGUAGGCCUAAACUUUCUCCACUUCCAGAUGCUCUUAACGGAUUAUCAGAAGGAUCCAAAACAGAGGCCACAGAAGGUAAAGACUAUAAUGCCUCAGCUUCUACCAUCUCACCACCUUCUUCAUUAGAGGAAGACAAAUUCUGCAAAUCCGCGUUCCAGGAUGUGUACCGGCAAAAAGAAAGUGAAAUCCAAGGCACUGCCAAAUUAGAAAUCAAAGAAACCUGUCUAGAAGAUGUGUCUGGAAAACUUAGCCCAGUCAAGAGUCCAGCUGAUAGUUUGUCCCCUCCAUCACCAGUUGCCAAAACACCACUGGGUGAACGCAGUGUCAACUUUUCACUCACUCCUAAUGAGAUCAAGGUCUUGGCUGAGCCUGCCCCCAUUGCUGCAUUGCCCAAUGUACGUCAAGAAGUUGCUGAAGAGCACUGUGCAAGCCCUGAAGAUAAAACAUUAGAAGUAGCAUCUCCCUCACAGUCUGCUGCUGGUAGUGCUGGCCACACACCUUAUUAUCAGUCUCCCACUGAUGAAAAAUCCAGUCAGCUUCCCUCUGAAACAAGUGAAAAGUCAACAGAAGCUCCAGUUAGCUUUGAAUUCAGUGAAGUCAAAGAUGAGUCUGCAAAACCCAGAAUAAGCCCUAUGGAUGAGCCUGUUCCAGAUUCAGAAUCUCCUAUUGAAAAGGUUCUCUCACCUCUACGGAGUCCACCACUGAUAGGUUCAGAGACCACUUAUGAUACAUUUUUGAGUGCUGAUGUAAAGUCUCCCACCAGAGAUUAUGGAAGUCCUUCUGAGGAGAAACCUGAAACAGAAAAAUCACCGGUUCAAAUGAGCCCAGCUUCUGAAGCCAGCUCAGUGGGGCUUUUCCAAGAAAAACAAGAUGAAAAAAGCAUGGAGUUUAUGGUAAUUAAGGAAGGCUUCAGCCUAGAGAGAAGAAUGGAGGAUACAGAACCCAGCAGCUCCCAGUCUUCACUGGUCUUGGAUGAGCGAAAGUUGACAGGUGAUCUCUCACCUACUCAAAUAGAUAUCAGUCAGUUUGGUUCCUUAAAAGAGGACACAAAAAUGUCAAUUUCUGAAGGCACUGUUUCUGAUAAGUCUGCAACUCCUGUUGAUGAGGUCGUAGCAGAAGACACGUAUUCCCAUAUUGAGGGAGUAGCUUCUGUCUCCACAGCAUCUGUUGCUACUAGUUCAUUUCCAGAACCAACUACCGAUGAUGUAUCCCCCUCUUUGCAUGCUGAGGUUGGAUCACCCCACUCUACAGAAGUUGACGAUUCCCUUUCAGUGUCAGUUGUACAAACACCAACAACGUUUCAGGAAACAGAAAUGUCUCCAUCUAAGGAGGAGUGCCCAAGACCUAUGUCAAUUUCUCCACCAGAUUUCUCACCUAAAACUGCAAAAUCAAGAACCCCAGUGCAUGAUCACAGAUCUCCUGAACAGUCAACUAUGUCAGUAGAAUUUGGUCAGGAAUCCCCUGAGCAGUCUUUAGCAAUGGACUUCAGUAGGCAAUCUCCUGAAUAUCCUCCUGUAGGCACUAGUAUACACCAUGUAUCUGAAAAUGGACCAACAGAAGUAGAUUAUAGCCCUUCAGAUAUACAGGAGACUACUUUUGCACGGAAGAUUUCCCCUGUGGAGCAGACAUCUUACUCUCAAGAGAAGGAUAUUUCAGAAAUUAUUUCAGUUUCUCAAAUUGAAGCUUCAUCUUCAAGUUCAUCAGCUCAUACUCCUUCCCAGGUAACUUCUCCACUGCCAGAGGAAACAUUUGCAGGUGCCGUUCCACCCAGAGAUAUGUCACUUCAUUCUUCUCUUACCUCAGAAAAGGUGCAGAGCCUAGGAGAAAAGCUGUCACCAAAGUCUGAUCUAUCUCCAUUAAGUCCGAGGGAAUCUUCUCCUCUAUACUCUCCUAGUUUUCCAGAUUCACCUCCUGCAGUCACAGAAGCAGUAUCAGCUAGUCAUGCAUCUUCAUUGUCAUUGCAAAUGUCCUCUGACAAAGCCUUUGGUUACCAGGCUGUGACAUUACAGGAACCCCUAGCAAAACACAGCCCAGAACCUUUAUUCAGCCCAGAAAAAGAAGAUUCAGAGAAAAGCAGCAGGUCACCAGAGGAACUUAGUUACUCUUAUGAGGCCACAGAAAAAACUGCUAGAUCACCAGAGGAUAUUAGCUACUCCUACGAGGCAGUUGGAAAAUCUACUAAAUCACCUGAAGCCACAGAUUAUUCCUAUGAUACAACAGGGAAAACUUCUAGGUCACCUGAAGCCACAGAUUACUCCUAUGAGAUGACAGGGAAAACCACCGGGUCACCAGGGGCCACAGAUUACUCCUACGAGAUCACAGAGGAAACCACCAGGUCACCUGGUGAAACAGAUUAUUCCUAUAAUAUGACAGGAAAAACCACCAGGUCACCUGGGGACACAGAUUAUUCCUAUGAGACAACAGGCAAAACCACCAGAUCACCUGAGGCCACAGAUUAUUCCUAUGAGAUAAUUGGGAAAACCACCAAAUCACUUGAUGUCACAGAUUAUUCCUAUGAGAAAAUUGGGAAAGCUACCAAAUCACUUGAUGCUAUGGAUUAUUCAUUUGAGGCAACAGGGAAAACCACUAAGUCACCAGAAGCCAUGGGCUACUGCUAUGAGACAACUGGGAGAACCACCAGGUCACCUGAAGCCACAGAUUAUUCAUUUGAGACAACUGAGCAAGCCACCAGGUCACCUGAACCUACUAGCUAUUCCUAUGAAGCAAGCGCACAUUUUACUCCGGGAAAAUCGUUAGCAGAAUCUCGUCAAGAUGUUGAUUUAUGCCUUGUGUCCUCCUGCGAAUAUAAGCAUCCUAAAACUGAACUUUCACCUUCAUUUAUCAACCCUAAUCCCCUCGAGUGGUUUGCAAGUGAAGAGCAGUCUCAAGAUCAAGAAAAGCCAUUAACUCAGUCUGGGGGAGCCCAGCCACCCUCCGGGGGAAAGCAGCAGGGACGGCAGUGCGAUGAAACACCUCCCACUUCAGUGAGUGAGUCUGCCCCAUCUCAGACAGAUUCAGAUGUUCCCCCCGAGACUGAGGAAUGCCCUUCCAUCACUGCAGAUGCUAACAUUGACUCAGAAGAUGAGUCGGAAACCAUUCCAACAGACAAGACGAUUACAUACAAACACAUUGACCCACCGCCGGUCCCGAUGCAGGAUCGUAGCCCUUCCCCUAGGCACCCUGAUGUCUCCAUGGUUGAUCCAGAGGCUUUGCCUGUUGACCAGAAUCUGGGUAAACCUUUGAAGAAGGACCUUAAGGAAAAGACAAAAACAAAAAAACAGGGUACUAAGACCAAGUCAUCUUCUCCUGUUAAAAAAAGUGAUGGUAAAUCGAAACAAGUGGCUUCACCAAAGCCAGCUGUGAAAGAAUCUUUAGAAAAAAAUUCCAAAACAGCUUCUCCAAAAAAGAAGGAGUCUGUGGAGAAGGCAACCAAAAAUAUCUCUAAUCCAGAAGUAAAGUCCCGAGUAGAAGAGAAAGAUAAGGACACCAAGAAUGCAGCAAAUACAACAGCAUCCAAGUCAGCAAAGACUGCAACCACAGGACCUGGGACUACUAAGUCAGCAAAAUCUAUGGCAGUGCCUCCAGGACCUCCAGUGUAUUUGGAUCUGGUGUACAUUCCCAACCACAGCAAUAGUAAGAAUGUUGACGUUGAGUUUUUCAAGAGGGUGCGGUCAUCCUACUACGUGGUGAGCGGGAAUGAUGCCGCAGCCGAGGAGCCAAGCAGGGCUGUUCUGGACUCCCUGCUGGAGGGCAAGGCCCAGUGGGAGAGCAACAUGCAGGUGACCUUAAUCCCAACACAUGACUCAGAAGUGAUGAGAGAAUGGUACCAAGAGACCCAUGAGAAACAGCAGGACCUCAACAUCAUGGUUUUGGCAAGCAGCAGCACGGUUGUUAUGCAAGAUGAAUCUUUUCCUGCAUGCAAGAUUGAACUGUAAGAACAAGACCACGCACCACAACGUUAAACUUUGUUUCCAGAAAUUCUUCAGUUUGAAAACACCUUUUCUAAAAAUUCAACCCAUCUAUUUCAACUGCUGAACUAUAUACCUGCCAAAUGCUAUACUGUGUCACGGUGAUGCAAGUCACUAAUAUUUUUCAGUCUUUGCUGAUUGCUAAGGGAAGUAACAGUAUUCCUAUAGUAGGGUUCAAAUUACUGCGAAAAUACAGAUCCAGUUUCAUCUCCGCUGAACGUUUAGAAACCAUGCACUAGCAACCAUAACUGACUUCUGCCAGGUAGAGGCAUUUGCCCUCUAAAGAAACACAACAAGAGAGAAAGAGAGAGAGGGGUAGGAGGAGAAAGUAAUAAAUAAUUAGAUCUGCAUUAGUCUCAUGGCAAUAGAUGUAUCGCUUACUGCAGUCUUCUUAUGCUCUCAUAUGAAAAGAAAGUUUUAAAUUUGUAUCAAUCCGAGCUAUCGCAAAGGGGGUCCUUACUUUACAGAGUUAAGUUAGCUGGAAAAUGUAAAGAAACAGAACGUGGCUAGGAAACGACAUAAAACUUAAACUCUCAUAGCAGUUUUCCACUUUAAUUUGAACUCUGCAUACUGACAUACCAUAACAAUCAUAGGCCAAAUAUGCACAUUAUCUGAACCCCAUCCAGAACUCUAAAACCUUCCUUUUAACAUCCAGAAUUAUUGGUCUAAGGCAUACUCCCAGCAAAAGUCCACUUACUCCACUCAGAAUUGACCAGUCCACAUGCUUAAACACCCAUGUCAGCUGUUGAUUGACCGAAGCAAAAUACCAAAGCAGUUGGGAGUACAUACAGUAGACAAUUUGCCUUAGGAAGUGACUUGAAUGUACAAAGAAACUCGAUGCACUUAUUUUUUACUGUUGAGACAGCAAAUUUAUAAACACCAGUGUAGGAUCAUAGUUACACCAGUAAAGAAGUGUGAGUGUGCAUGUGUGGUACUAGAAACCUAUCUGACUGGUCAAAUGGCUUGGUGCUAUGAAUUACAUAUCUUAGUCAUGAGAACACUUCAUUGGUACACCUGGACAGCUGAAGAAGGCAAGAUGAGCAUUUCUUUUGAAAGCUUCUUUUGUACUGUGGAAGCAGGAUUGAAGUGGUGUCCAGUAUCAGAGUUGCAAAACUUAGUGAAAUUUUCAGAAUGAUAAAAAGGUUACCUGCGAGUCUGUACAGUAUUCAACCUUCCUUUGUCUUACAUUUUAUUUGUUUAAUUUAAGAGUGAAUAUGGGAACAAAUGUACAGAAACCUUUUUUUAGCAAUGUGUGAACUUUUAAUAGAUGAAUUUUUAACAAAAGUUUUCAUUUACAGGAAAAUGCAAAGAAAAAUUUUUCAGGUGAAGGCAGUUUUUUUUAGUAGUUUUGUAAGAUAAAUGAAUAAUGUUGUUUAAGGUUCUAGUGAGAAUGGAUAUUAAGCUAAAAUUUAUUGAAAAUAGUCAACUGCCAAAACCUUUUUUGGGGAUAGGUGCAGAGGGGGCACCCUAAUGAUAAAAUUAAUCUAUUGAUGAUGAAAGAAAAUGGAAUUUGAAAUGUUGAUUGCCUAAUAUUUACAAGUGUCUACAUUCUCAACCCUCACAAGAUCUUGAGAAAAGAUAGAAUAAGCAAUAAGCUAAAAUAAGUCCUUUCCUUUCCUUUCCUUUCCUUUCCUUUCCUUUCCUUUCCUUUCCUUUCCUUUCCUUUCCUUUCCUUUCCUUUCCUUUCCUUUCCUUUCCUUUCCUUUCCUUUCCUUUCCUUUCCUUUCCUUUCCUUUCCUUUCCUUUCCUUUCCACUUUCCUCCCUUCUUUUCCCCUUUCUUUCCUUCUCUAGACUGCCUGCAGAGGAACAGCAUGUAGAACAGUUCCAUAAUUUAAGACAGUUUGGAUUUUUUAGUCUCAGAAGUUUUACCCCAAUGAAAAAAAAAAAAAAAGUUACUUUGUAGAAGGUUUGCGAAUCAGAAUUUAAAGAAGGUAUAAAGGCCUCUGAAAUGGAGAUAUGUGCUGGUCUGUAUGAUUCAAUGUUAUGGCUGAUAUUAAGUUUCACAAUGUAGUGAACUAUGACCUCAUUUUAUUUUCUUUACUUCUAAUUUAUUUCAAAUUUACAUAGUUAGAAUAUUUUUGUUUAAUAGGUAUAUGUUUGCACUCCUAAUUUUUAUGAUUUUUUUUAAUCUUGCUUUAGGGCCCUUUAAACAUGGGCUCCUGAGGCCCAUUUAAUGCUGUGAAUUACUGUUUGUCAACUGUUGGGGUUUUCGAUUUAUUUUUAAUGUCUUCUUUUUUUAGGUAUCUCUAGCAUUGCUGUUUUAUUUAUUGCUAUACCUUUUAAGCUGUUAAGAAUAACUCAGAAUGACUAUGGCACAAAAGGCAGGUGGAAAUGUGUUGUGAAAGCAAGCAUGUUUGCUGGGCUCAUAAUCAUUUACUUAAAUUACUUUAGUAAUACAUAGUUUUCGAAGUUAUAGGCAAAAUAUUGGCAGAAUAGUUGUAUUGUUUCUACAAUUCUUUCUGCUUUGUCUACUUUCUUAUAUAGGUAAGAUUUCAAACAUUUUGAGUGGGAACAGAUUAACAGAUUUUCUGAUUUUAUGACAAAAUCUGAAACAGUUUGUACCUCUGCUUUGGUAGAAAAUCUGUUUUAAGUACAGCAGUGGUCCUGAGAUAAAUCUCACACCACUGUGAAUCAAGAACAAUUUCACUACAAUCAGGGAAGUUACAGUCAUUCAAUCCUACUGUAAAUUAAAUUAGAAUUAAGCCUUAAAUCUCCCCAAGUUUGUGAUGGCUCAAGCAUUUGUUUUACUUAAAAAAAAAAUGUAGUUACAGCUGAUCUUAAAAUGUGCAUUUGUUUUUUUUGCUGCUACAAUAAUAUUAAAAGCCCAGCCUGGCUCUUCCGAGGUUUUGUAAUGCCUGUUCCAUCCAUUCCCUUUUAAAUGGCAACCACCCCUGGGUGCAACAAAACGAUGAACUCCCUCCUCCAUUAGCUCCUCUUGCCCUUAAUGUCUUUCCUGCCUGUGGAACUAAUCUAACUGUGCUAGUUAUAAUACUACACAAUUAGCUUAGGAACAGUCAUCAAAAUGUACCAUGUACAUUAACGAUGAGUGCUGUUGAUUGGCAUAGAUUUCUAGGAGCAUGGUUUGUUAUUGAUUACUCUAAUUAUAAAGAUUCAGUGUCUGAGUGUAAAGGACACUCCAUUUAAAUGAUGGUGUUAUCCAUAAUAGCAUCCCAGUCAUGAUCUUUAUGCUACUAAGUAUACUGCUUAAUAAAAUUCAAUGAAGAAUUAACUUUAGAGAUCACCUCCCACUCCUGAACUUGGACAGGGCCUCUCUUGCAUGCCUUUUCAAAGUCCUGUGGUGGGCCUGACUUCAUUGACCUCUACUUUUCACCCCAUCUUUCAAAAAUUCACUUUUGAUUAUUUUUUUUUAAAUUACCUUACAUGCUGUGGUGAAUGGAGCUAACCGUAUAUGUGAAUGUUUUUUUUUUCUUUAUUGCCUGCAAUAGCUUACGCUAUUUAGGAGAGUUCCGGUACUCAUUUUAGUAAGAUUUAAUUGAUUUGUUAAUUGAAUUUUCAAUCCCUCCUACCACAAGCAAGUCAGCUCCAAAGAGCGCUUACUGUGCAUUUGGAACAUUUAUGUCAUAUGCUUCUCUCUGUUCAUCUGUCGCCAGAGGUUCUUGCUCAGUAAUGAUGUUUUGAGAGAAAUAGUAAUUUUGUUGGUCUGGAUUUAUUAGAAAAGGAAAAAGUAUAAUACUUACACUUGAAAGAAACUGUAAGCUUUCAUCUUUUCACUUAAUAAUUGAACAAAACACUAAAAGCAACUAAGGGUAAGCAUUUCUUAGAAUGCAAUUAUACUAUUCACCUGAUUUAAAAAUGUUUGCUAUUUAAAAUAAAAGAAAAAAAAAAGAAAAAAUAGUCUGUUUGUUGUGACUUUACAAAAAAAAAAUCUAAAAAUUAAAUAACUAAAUAAAACAAUUGCAUAAAAAUAUUGAAAGGAGAGAAAAAAAAGGGAGAAAAAUAAUACAAAGCUUCUCUGCACUAGAUUUGCUAGGAGCUCCAAAUGACAGGAGCUACCUCUUCAAGACUGGGCUGUAAUCACAACUGUAAAAGAGCAAAUCUGAAAUAUGCUUUCACGCAUUUGCAUGCAGCCAUUAUCUUCCAAAUCAUGGAAAGAAACAGUCUUGUUGCUGGCUGAGAAGCACCUCACACACCUCCUCUCUCUUGUUCUGAAUGGUGUUUGUGUCAGUCUGCAGCUGUGUAUGGUAUUAUGUCUUAUAAUCCUGCAUCACUUCUAUUCUAUCCAGUCAUAUCUAAUGUAGAAAAUUAGUUUCCAGUGAAAGUAAUAUGUAGUGCUUUUAUGAUAUUUGUGUGCAAUAUCCCCUCUUCCAUUGAGGAUAUUUGAUGUAAAGGAAACAAACUCAGUUCCACAAUAAAAUACAAAAGUGGUAAA